CCUGCCCCCUCCUCUUUUCGUUUUUCUCCUUCGCCGCAUGCGGCGGGUCGGGGCUGCAUGCGCAGCGGCCCGCGGGGCCGCGCGGAGUGCUGGCGGCCAGAUGCCGUCGACGACGCGCUCGUCGCCGUGGUCUUCGAGGCAUGGUCCAGCCUGGCGUGCGACGAGCGCCUGGCGCGACACCUCGGCAGGCUCCAGGCGGAGGCCGACGAGCUGCGUGGGGAGGCCGCGCUGGCGGACGGGCGGGGCGAGAGGCGGAAGGACGGCCCCCGCGACGACGCGGCCCUGUCGGCCUCCCAGGCGCUCGUGGCGCGCCUGCAGGCGGAGGCGCGGGAGCUGCGGCGCGAGCUGUCGGAGGAGC